AUCAUGUUCAGAAUGAUGUAUGUGAUCUUCAGAAUGAUGUUUGUGAUCUUUGACAGGGAACCUUGGCCUCUUGAUGGGAUGACAUUCGAGACUUUGAAGGAGCAGCAUGCAAAAAGAAGUCCUGAAGAUCUUGAAAUCGACUAUGAGGACCUAAUGAAGUUACAGACAGUUGAUGCACCAUAUGAAGAAGUGGAUCCAGCUAUAUAUGACUCUGAGGUUACUGAAACUGACACUCUUGAUGACACUGAUAAAGAUGAUGAAUUGAAGGAAGAAGAAGCAGAAGGAGAAACAGUUCGUGCAGAUCUUGGUGGAGGGUGGGGAAGAAUAAUCUAUCCACCUAUGAGGAGAGGCAGGCAUGUUGCGAUGGAUGUUUGUUGGUCAACAAAACGGGAUGGAUCAGAAGGGUCAUUUGAUCGUGUGGUUGUGACACAAAGUAAGAAUCCGGACUUACAUCAUCAGGCCAAAAGAUCAUUCUGGGGUGAUUUAUGGCCAUGUUGAAGCAAAACGCGACAUAAAAUGUUGCUUACAGUCGGCUCUUGUAAAUGCCAGUGUUUUUGUAUUCUUGAUUCUUUAACCAGCCUUUGACUUGUGGGAUCAAACCAGCCGACAUAAAUUCUUGUAAAUUAACAAAUUUUAAUGUUAAUGAUAAUUAGAUUCCUCUAAUGAUGAUUUAUAA